AUGCUUCUUUGGAUCUAUCUAUUUCUUUUAUUUAUUUACCUUUGUUUUCUUUCCAUUAUUUGGUCCUUUUCCAAUCUACCUACUUUCUUUCUUAUUUUCGUUUUUCACUUUUCUCCCCUCUCUUUUAUUCAUUCUUUAUUUAUUUGUUCACCUUUCUUUUUUCUUCCUUUGUAUCUUUCUUUCUUUCUUUCUUUCUUUCUUUCUUUCUUUCUUUCUUUCUUCGCAUAUAUCUAUUUAUUUAUUUUUCUUCCCUUCUUUUAUUCUUCUGAUUUUUUUCUUUUUUCACUUUUAUUUUCUUUCUUUCCUUCAUCCUUUCUUUCUUUCUUUCUUUCUUUCUUGCCAAUUCUAUCCAUUUUCCUUUUGUUCUUUCCUUUUCCCUGCUAUUUCUCUCUGGUUUUCUUCCCUUCUUUCUUUCUUUUUUUUUCCAUUUCUUUUUAUCUCUUUCAUUAUUUCGUUAUACAUUUACUUCUCUUUCCUUUUUUCAUUAUUUUGCCCUUUCUUUCUUUCUUUCUUUCUUUCUUUCUUUCUUUCUUUCUUUCUUUCUUUUUUUCUUUCACAACUCCCGGCGAGCAGGGAACAAUACUUCAAAAGAGAGUUUACUAG